UUGUUUUUUCUUCCCAUAGAACAAGCAAGUCAAAUGCGAUAGAGAGAUAUGUCCUAAUCGGAAAUAUUGUUACUUGGUGUUAUUCGGUCAAGAGAAGAAAUCGUGUUGUGACAUGUGCAAAGGCUGCAAUUAUAAAGGCAAAAACUAUGAAAACGAAGAAGAAUGGACGGAUGAAGAGGACCCAUGCAAGAAAUUGUCAUGUCAGGGUGGAGUGGUAACAGAAACUAAGGUGCAAUGCUUUGCUUCUUGUAGAAAUCCAUUGCCACCAGAACCCGGAAGUUGUUGCCCGACAUGUCCAGAUUGCCCCAACGAAAAUGAGAAGGAUGGUGAGAUCCAACUUGCUAUGCCUCUUACAGACCCUUGUGUGAUGUGCACAUGUCAGGGUAACAGCAGCACUUGCUUAAAAAAGGCUUGUCCAGUACUACCGUGUCCAUCCUCCAAGUUUAUUCACAAGCGUGGUACCUGUUGCCCUCAGUGUACAGGAAGCCGUCGUGUUUUCAAAGUAGAUGGAAGAUGUCUUUUUCGAGGUGAACUUGUCAAAUCGGGAGAUGUCUUUCAACAGGAUGCUUGCACUACCUGUGUUUGUAAUGAUACGACGAUAUCUUGCACUAGGAAGUCUUGCCCUCCUUUAGAUUGCUGGCCGGAACAUCAAGUUAAAUAUGAUGAAGAAUGCUGUGCUCGUUGCAGAGAUCCCGAAGAGAAAAGAGCUGUUUGUAUGGUCAAUGGCAAGUUGCGCGAUGAUGGAUAUCGUUGGCGAAUAGACAAAUGUACACAAUGUACAUGUCAAGAUGGGCAAGUGCACUGUGCAGUGGAACCAUGCGAGACACAGAUCACCUGUCCCCCACGUCAUGUACUCAAAACACGAAAUGGAGACUGCUGCCCUUCAUGUGUUGAAGAGGAUGGCGUUUGCACUGUUUUCGGGGAUCCACAUUAUAGAACUUUCGAUGGUCGGAUUUUUAACUACCAAGGUUCGUGUAAGUACGUCUUGUCAAAGGACUGCAUUAACCGUUCAUUCUCAGUGGAAGUACUGAAUGAGGCUCGAUACUCAAAGACAUUUUCUUGGACAAAGUCUGUUACAAUUAAGGUAAAUGGUACGAAAGUUCGUCUCGGCCAGUAUAAUAAAAUUCACGUCAAUCACAAGCCUGUUAAACUACCAUAUAUCGAAUUAGGAGUUCUCACUGUGUUUCAGGAAGAGAGAAAUGUGAAUGUCAGGACAAAUUUAGUUUUUUUCCCUGAAGGUCUUAAAGUAGUGUGGGAUGGCAACAGUUACUUAGAGGUGACCGUACCUUCUCACUACAAAGACCAGUUGUGUGGAUUAUGUGGCAAUUACAACGGUGACAAAGAUGAUGAAUUCCAAACAAAGAAGGGAGAUAUUGUCCGCACAGCCGAAGAGUUUGGAAAUUCGUGGAGGGUGGGGCGUAUGAAAAGGUGCACCCUUCCUCAACCUGCUAAAUCACCUGAAACUAUAACCUGGUCGAACCCUGACAUCCAUGUCAGGGCUCUUCGGGAGUGUAACGUCCUGAAGUCAUCCGUUUUCAAACCUUGUUAUAGAGCUGUUAGCGCUGUUCCUUAUUAUAACUCCUGUUAUCUAGAUGCAGGGGAAUGCAGACCACGUGAUAGGUGUUAUUGUCAGUCUCUUACUGCAUAUGCUAAUCAUUGUGCUCGUUCCGGAAUAAAAUUAGGAGACUGGCGAACUGCGACUGGAUGUGAUGGAAUUAGGUGUGGCAAUGGUCAGCAAUACAUGAACUGUGCACCAGCUUGUCGUCGGACAUGCAAGAAGCCUAAGCGAGAUAAGUCAUGCCGGAGGCAAUGCAGACCAGGAUGUUACUGUCCACCUGGUACCGUGUGGCACAGGAAGAAAUGUAUACCAUUAGAUGAGUGUCCAUCGUAAAAGCAUUAUCAGAAACUGCUUCUGUGAAGUGGUAGAUGACAUGUGUUUCCCAUACAUUUUCUUUCUCAAUGCUGCCCCUCCUUCCAAGUGGAUCACUUCUUCUGGUCUCAAUGUUAUAUACAAAAGUAUUCCUGCACUGCACACAUGGAAUACCGCAGGAAAAACAAUGCAGUUUUUUAACAGCUUCGGAACACCUCAGCUGAGAUUCUGCUCCUGCUUGUUCAAGAAAAAGAAUUACUUCUGCUUCUAUUCGGAAAUAAACAUCUGCUUUCUGCCUUAUAACAUUAAAAAGAUAUUCGUCACAGAAUAGCACAACUGCUUCUAAUGCUGAGUUUCGAUAGCAUAAAUUAUUUUGCGUACUUGCGGUAAGGCUCUAAAUAUUCAAAUUCACCAAGCUUCUGAGGGAAAUGAUUAAAAAUAUUCCAUUUUUCAGAUCCACAGAAAAACUGCUUCUUUUCUCUGAUAAAUAUGAAUGUAUCACGCAGGAUAGCACAGCUGAACCUUUUAUAAGUUCCUUAUUUGAAUCAAUUAGUCAGAGUGGCACACAUUCAAAUUCUUCACUGUUCUACAUGUGAAUAAAAAAUUCAUAAAUUAAACAGUUGCCAAAAUGUGAUACUGCUUAAGGAAGUUCAGUCUAUCUGAAAUUUAUAGUUGUCAUGUCAGCGCUUUAUAAAACCAUUAGACAUGAAAGAUCAAAAGAAUGGGAUAAGAUUUCUUGCUGCAAUCAAUUCUUUUCUGUAUUAACAGAGGGAUAAAUAUUUUCAAAUAUGCAUGUUUGUUCGAGCUUUGGCAAGAUUUGAUAAUGUUAGACAUGAUUGAAUUGUCGACAUUUCACACAAAGAUUUCAUUUUUCUGAACUUCAGUAGUAGAAUAAAGACUGCUUCAAAAGAAAAGGGAAAAAAAAAACUGUUAAUGGGAAAUCUUGGCUAUGAACCAAGUGCUUCAUAUGAACUUUUUAUUUUUCCAGCUGGUCUGGAAUAUCAAUUUUUGGAGAAAAAAUGAUUCUACUGAUCUCUCAAUUUAAUGUCAGUGUAUUUGUUUAUUUGCAAUUAGAUAUUUGUUUAUUCACGAUUUUUGUGUUGAAUUUUUUUGAUAAUGAUGGAAACAACUUUUGUACGUUUUUAAUGAUAAUUUCUGAUAUUGAGGGAAAUAGAUCCGUUAUUUUUAUUAUUAUUUUUAAAAUUUUAUGAUGUUUCAAUUUUGGAUAGACUGUACGUUAUAUAAUGUUUUUCUAAACAUAAAUUACUUGUCCUAAAGCGAAGUAAGCCAUAAUAUUUUUUUAAUAUUUUAAAAAUUACUUAAACUUUCACGACUUUAUCAUACCUAAAGUAAUUAUCAUGAUCACAUAAAUUAAACAUAAGUAUGUAAUUUUACUUCUGUUAUCGAUUUUAUCAUUAAAUGAUUAAUUAAAUAAUAAAAGACAUUAUUAGGUCUUGAAAAGUCUUUCUGAUAAGCAAGAAGCAUUUAUUUAAAUUUUAUCUGUUACAACAAAAUAUAUUUAUAAAAUGUUCCUUGAGCUUGUGUAUAAAUAGUUGUUUGUAAAUGCCAGUCUUCACUUUGUGAUAUAGCAUUUGUAAACAUAUUUAAUUGCACUAUCCCUUUACAAGCUAUUAUCACAGGUGAGAGAUAAAGCUAAUAAACUGCAUUUAUAUGUGUA